AGGUUGACUGCGUACGAACAGAAAAGACCUUUGUUACUGUUCCCACAAAAGCGAAGUUGUAAUGUGCGGUCUUUAAGCGGGAUAUCCUAUUCCGUUCUACAAAAGUGACACGAAGUGAAAUUUAUUUGUGAAAUAGUUUCUGUGCAUCUUGGUGCGUAAUUGGAGUUGCGGAAAUAGUGUGCAGUAACUGAAUUUUUAAUGAACAGGUCGCAGAUCAGCAAGGACACUGAAAAACACCACAAAGCAUGAUGUUGCGAGGAUUUUGAGGUGUUUUACGUAACAUUUCAAUGAUGAAGACAACUAUUUUUUGCAUAUUUGCCAUAUUAUGGUUUUGUGUCAGGGCUCAGGAAUCUGUUUCAGAUUCAUUAUCUGACUCCAUGCUCUCUGUUACCAUAGGAACUACACAGUUCGCAUUAGAACUUUUGCAGACAACCUCUGUGGAAGUUGGAAAGUUCAUGAAUGUGGCUAUUUCACCAUUUAGUGUAUGGACAGUGUUGGCAUUGUUAAGAGAGGGUUCUGGCGGAAAAACAAACACUCAGCUUCAGAAGGCACUUCAUUUGCAUGAGAAUAAUAAGGCAAUUCGUGCAGCAUUUCGCAAGCUGAACCAUAUUGUACAUGUUUCAGGCAGUGGUGUUGAAAUGAUUGGAGCUAAUGCUCUCUUUACUGAUAACAACCGACCAGUGCAGUGGGAGUUUGAGUACUUGGCAGAGAAAGUUUACAAGUCUGCUGUUCAUCCUGUUAAUUUUAUGAAUCCAAUUGCCACUGUUAACAUCAUCAAUCGAUGGGUGGCAAACAUCACUCAUAAUCGAAUCACGCAACUUGUACAUGAAGAGGACAUGAAAGAUCCUCAUCUUGUGAUUGCUAAUGGAAACUUCUUCAAGGGGAAAUGGUUGUCGCGAUUCAACUCAAGUAACACAGUGAGAGAGAAAUUUUAUGAUGACAGUGGCAUGGAACUUGGAGAAGUGGAGAUGAUGCAUCAGCAUAGUCACUUCCGUUACAGUCAUAUCUCUGAGCUUGGGGCAAAAGUGGUGGAACUCCCAUAUGAAGGAAGGCAGUUUAGUAUGGUCGUGAUGGUACCUACAGGCAAUACAACCAUUAAUGAACUACUGAUUCGUAUUAGCAAAACAUCAAUGGAAAAGAUAUAUCAUCGUAUGACAACUGAAGAUGAAGAGAACCCUGGUGCCUUUGUGGAGGUCUACCUGCCACGAGUUGUAAUCAAUUCUGACUUUGUUCUCAAUAAGGCACUGGAAAUGUUGGGGAUUAUUGAUGUUUUCAAUGAUGCAAAAGCAGACCUGUCUCGGAUAUCAUCACACAGUAUACACCUGAACAAGUUGAUUCAUAAGGCUGAGAUUGUGAUUAAUGAAGAAGGAACAACAGCCAGCAGUGCCACAGGUGAGGUUAUGUCAAACCGACAAAUAAUGCCAACAAUUCAUGCCAACCGACCAUUUGCAUUUUUCAUAGUAGAAAAUUCAUUGAAAUUGAUUGUUUUUGCAGGAAAAGUUGUAAAUCCACAUAUUUAAAAAUUUGUAAUAUAUUCAUCAUAAACAGUGGAAUGUGUGGAUUUAUUAAAGUAUUCACUUUACCAAAAUAUGAAGCCUAUGAUUGCUUAUAUUUGUAACAGGCUUGCAGUAGGUGACUUUGAAAAUGAUUUAUCUGUGUAUUAAGAACUGCAGGGUCUUUUAGUUAUUAGUAAAUUAUUUACUGGAAACUUGUUAGCAAUUGAAAUUUGGUAGAUUCACACUUCUUAUAAAGGACAGAUUCAGAAGAAGGUGACAUUGUAACUUAUAUUUUUAUUUUACAUACAAAGUAAUUAUAACCACCUUCAAGACUAAACAGCAUCACAAAUACAUUAUUACAAAGAAAUUAAAUUAUAUUGUACAUUUAAUGUACAAGAAUUGUUUAUAACUUACAAAUAAUUUCAUUUCCUGAAAAACUGAACUCAAAUAUCAGGCAUCAGGGCAGUUGUUGGUAUAAUGUGUAAACAGUUGAUUUGCAGUGGAGGAAUUCUUGUAGUGUGUACCAAAUAAAGAAUAUGUAAAUCUUUUUGUAAAGAAAAGCAGAGAGCAAUGCAGUUUUAGGUGGCAUUGUUCAUGCAGUAACAUAUGUUUCAGGUAAAAAAUAUGUUAUCAGUACAUGUGUUAUUGAGAUAAAUCCUCUUACACAAAGUAGAAUUAUAAUGAGACGCUUUGAACACAAAUGAAAGUGACACUUGUCAGUGUAGGUAUCAGCAAAAAUAUCAGUCAAUCUGAAUCCACUUAGUUUUGAAGUUGGAAUAUGCAGACAAAUGGACAUUUGCUCCUCAUAUAGUGUUUUUUGACUUAUUUGCUAUAGAAUUAUUAGAUAUAGGCAUGUUCAUUUUUGAUAUUACUAGUUAUUUCCUGUAUUAUAAAUGCUAAAGAGCAAAUAGAAAACUAAUGACUCUUGUCUGAAAAGAACAAAACUUCAGGAGGCAGUGAGUUAACAAAACACGGAACAUUUAUUUCAUCAAAUGUCUCCACCUGUGCCUCUUAUACAACUAGAUAGUUUAGAGAAAAUAUACAAAUGCACUUUGAAACAUUGCAGUGCCAUAAAUAUAACUGCUGAGAUUGAAUUCAUAUUUCUAUUAUUUUCCGAACUUCGGAGUGUUUCAACUGGAUUAGUUUUAUUACCUUUUAAAGAUUUGUAUGUGGAGGGUGAGUAAUCUGUUUCGUGAGUAUGUGCAGUUUUGUGAAUACAGAAACACUAUUUUAAGCUCUUGUAUAUACAGUACAAGAAACUAAUUAGUUUUCACUAAUAAUAUUUUUGAAUUUCUUUAAUAAAGUCAUAUACUGUUUUGUACAUUUAUGUUAUAACUCAGUAACAUGUUGUACUUGUAUUUAAUUUUAAAUAAAGUAAGUGGAGCUCA